AUGGACCACCCAACCACCCGCCGCCGCCGCAGCUCCGCCCUCCACACGGCGGAGCGCUGGCCGAUCACCCCUUUCAACCGCCUCUUCGCCCCAAUCUACCUACUCGCCGUCUUCGCCCUCCUCUACCGCCACGUCACCAACCUCCUCCUCGCCACGUCAUCGCCAUCCUCCUUCACAACAACCCUGGCCCUUCUCGUCGCCGACUUCGUCCUCGCCUUCAUGUGGACCACCACGCAGGUCUUCCGCAUGAACCCGAUACGACGCCGCGAGGCGGUCGAGAACUUAAACGACGUCGUCGCGGAGGAGAGCGAGCUGCCAGGGGUGGACGUGUUCAUAUGCACGGCGGAUCCGUACAAGGAGCCGCCGUUGGGGGUGGUCAACACGGCGCUGUCGGUGAUGGCGUAUGAUUACCCGAGGGACAGGCUGGCGGUCUACGUGUCGGACGACGGCGGGUCGGCGUUGACUCUUUUUGCCUUCGUGGAGGCGGCGAAGUUCGCGGCGCGGUGGCUGCCGUUUUGCGAGAGGAACCGGGUCGUGGAGAGGAACCCGGCGGUUUAUUUCGGGUCCAACCGGGGACAUCCUGUCGACGGCGAAGUCGAGGAGAUUAAGACCAUGUACGAGAGCAUGAAACACAAGGUGGAACAUGUCGUCGACGCCGGGAAAGUGGACGACCAGUUCAUCGACGGACCCAAAGAACGUGAAGCUUUCGGGAAAUGGUCCGACAAAUUCACCAAGCACAACCAUCCCACUUUCAUUCAGGUGUUGCUGGACAGUAAAAACGACAGGGAUGUUGACGGCCACGUAAUGCCAAAUCUCAUUUACGUCUCGAGGGAGAAGAGCAGUACCUCUCCACAUCACUUCAAAGCUGGCGCCCUCAACGUUUUGCUACGCGUGUCGGCUACGAUGACGAACCAACCGAUAGUCCUAACGUUGGACUGCGACAUGUACUCCAACGACCCCGCAACACCUCGCCGUGCGAUGUGCUACUUGUGCGACCCAAACCUCGGCCCGGAAAACUCGGCGUUCGUCCAGUUCCCGCAGAAGUACCACGGGAUCAACGAGAACGACAUCUACGCCGGCGAGUUCCAGCGCUUGUUCCAAGCCAUGCCGAUGGGGGCCGACGGCUUAUGCGGGCCCCAUCACGUCGGGACCGGAUGCUUCUUCCGCCGGCGGGCUUUCUUCGGCAGCCCGUCGAGCCCGGUGGAGCCGGAGAUCCCGGAGGUGGGACCCGCCCAUGUAGUGGUCGGUUCGGUUCGGUCUGAUUCGGUGUUGGAGUUGGCGCAUAGGGUUGCUGAGUGCAACUACGAGAAUCAAACUGGUUGGGGUUCCAAGAUUGGGUAUAGGUAUGGUUCAUUAGUGGAAGACUACUACACGGGCUACCGUUUACACUGUGAAGGAUGGAAGUCGGUGUUCUGUUGCCCACAGCGGCCUGCGUUCUUGGGUGAUGCACCGAUCUCGUUGGCGGAUAUGUUGAAUCAGCAGAAAAGAUGGGAUAUUGGGCUGCUCGAAGUUGCGUUUUCUAGAUUCAGCACCCUCACCUACGGCGUUAGGUCGUCAGCUGGGUUUCUGAUGAGCCUUGGAUAUUGUCAGAACGCAUUCUGGCCGAGCUGGUCCAUCCCUGUAAUCGUCUACUCUUUUCUUCCCCAGCUUGCCAUUCUCAAUGGACUCCACAUCUUCCCUAAGGCAACGGAACCAUGGUUCUGGCUGUACCCGUUCCUCUUCCUAGGAGCCUACGCACAAGACAUGCUGGACUUCCUCCUCGUCGGCGGGACCCACCAAAGAUGGUGGAGCGACCAGCGAAUCUGGCUGCUCCGCGGGCUGACGUGUCACCUCUUCGCCGCCGUCGAGUACUUCCUCAAGUACUUCCUGGGAAUCGCCGCCGGGUUCAACGUGACGAGCAAAGUCAUCGACGAGGAACAGAGCAAGCGGUACGACCGCGGCACCUUCGAGUUCGGAGUCCACUCGCCGAUGUUCGUGCCGCCCACGGCGGCCGCGCUGAUCAGCCUGCUGGCGCUCGUUCAUGGCCUCGCCGUCCAGGUGAUGACUCGCGGCGGCGGCGGUUGGAGGGACGCGCCGCUGCUGCAGCUGUUCGUGGCCGGGUUCGGGGUGGUGAACGGGUGGCCGAUCUAUGAGGCGGUGGGUUUGAGGAGUGAUGGCGGGAGGAUGCCGGUGAGGACCGUUGUUGUCUCCGUCGCGUUGGCUUGGGGUUGUUACGUGGCUGCUGGUUUUGUGUUGAAGUGA